AUGGUGGGGAUUGCUGCCGUGUGCAUCUGCGUGGGGCUGCUCCUGCACAGCCCCCCGGAGGUGUUCUCCACCACCCGUAGGCCGUUCAGGUGGGAGCUGUUGAACUAUGGAUACAUUUGA